UUCUUAUCAAUAUAUAAUAAAGCGCUUUCCCGUUUUCCAUCCCGAAUUUUUAUUUCUUUCAUGGCUACAAUGACGAGUCGUUCAAAUCGCAACUUACGAUCAUCUUAUAGAUGUGAUACUUUUCAAUUAUUUUUAAUAACUUGACGCUUCGAAAAGGGAGUCAUAAUAACUAUUCAUCUUCUAUUUCGUGGGUCGUCUUUGAACCGCGAUAGAUACUAAUAUGAGAGCGCUCGCAUCCGGAUUGGAUUUAUUUGUACCGACAAGGAGCUUCAUGCAGGUCUUGCUUUAUCAGAAUUCGCCGGUCGGCACUGCUUCGUCUAGAAAUCGACAAGUGAUUUCAAUUAACAGUCGGGGGUGAUAACUUUUUUUUUUCCCUUCCUAUCUGGUAUAUAUAAAAAGAAAAAGGGUGGUAGCAAUUACCUUGAAUUGUCGGAUGAAAAAUUAGGGAAACUGUAGGGGAGAAAACAGUGCAGUGGGAGAUAAAAGAUUAAGAUAGAAGGUACCGCGAGGAAAGAACAGUAGCAAGGCAACAAUGGCGGAACACAAAACCUCAGGUUACGCGGCGAGCCUCUGGCAGGCACUGUUUGCGUCUUUCAUUCAACUCUUCUCCCGCAUCUUUCCCUUCACCUCGACAAAAAAUCCACCUCAGAAACCGCGGCAACCGUCCUCAACUUCUGCAACCACACAUGAUUGGGAUUCCUCCUCGCUAUCUGUCUCACCUCCUAAUCCCCAUCCGCAUCCGCAUCCAUCUCCACAUCUCCAAACUUCACAAGCACAAUCAACAACUCAACCAUCAUCAGCACCACCACCACCACAACAACAUCAUCAUCAAAUCCAUUCUCCCUUCAUAGAUCUCGAACAGGGCGUGGAUACUUCGCCUCAAGACGACACCAUGACGGCCGCUAAAAAGCGAAACCAAAAGCGAGGUGGUACAAAAAGCAACGGUCCCAAGGCCGUCAACUCCAAUGCGCCAUACACCGGUCCGCCUGACGACACCACAAGCAAGUCUACAACUAACCAGUAUCCCGUGCCGCCCCCGGCUGUCGUUACUCCUCUUGCGAAUCAAGGUAACACCAGGGUCAACUCUCAACUGCCCGACAGUCAGGUCCCCAAGGGAAAUGAGAAAAAUGCUUGGGACCGCGGUUCUUCGCUCUCGAAAGCUUUUGUCGACGUCAGAAAGGAGAAUGUUGCUCCUCCCAAGGAUCGUAAAUAUCCCCAGGACCCUCCCAAGGUUUCUCUCUCGCAGUCGCCGGCGCUGAAGCCCCUCGCGGCGGAGAAUCAAGUUCAACCUCAGAAGGCGGGUACCUGCGGCCAACACGCCACCCCAGCAAUCACUCCUUUUGACAAACCUCAAAUGAUAGAAAAUAUCCCUCUCGAUCGACAGGCGGAAGAAGUCAGUGCUGGUGUUGAUCGUCUCACUCUUGAUGGUGUUUCGGGUCCCGAGAAGCCCUCCGAGUUGAAGAUUGCCGCCACUCCCGUCGCCCUCAAGGCGCCCACGGUUGCUCCUACGCCUAUUGUUGUUGCCUUACCUCUUACUGAUAAAGCCGCCAUCCCUAAGCCUACUCCCCCACCAGCUCCUAAUCUUCCUGGAUUGAUCGAGCCCAAGACGGAAGAGGAGCGAGUUGAACGAGCUAAUCAUCUCAAAUUCAUGCGAGAGGCUCUUGCUAUGGGUAAUUUAGCUCUAAAUACCAACGAAACGCCUGUGGGGUGUGUGCUAGUACACCACGGAAGGAUUAUUGCUAAAGGAAUGAACGCGACAAAUGUCACUCGGAAUGGUACCCGACACGCUGAGUUCAUGGCUCUGUCUGCUUUGCUUUCUCAAAAAAGACCAAGUGACGCCCAGGAAGUUAGCAGCGACCCCGCCUUGGACGAUGCAAGCUGGGGCGACGUCGACCCAAGCGACGGCCACAUUUUUCCUUAUGGCCAAAAGCUUCAUCCAGCUCCAGUAGUUGACCGCAACAUCAUAUCCGACUGCAUUCUCUACGUCACUGUUGAGCCUUGUGUUAUGUGUGCUUCACUUCUUCGACAGCUAGGAGUCAAAAAGGUGUAUUUCGGCGCCGUAAAUGACAAAUUCGGUGGAACUGGAGGUGUUUUCAAGAUACACAUGAACUCCAAACCUGUCCCAAAGCCGACGGAUCGGCCCUACCAGAACGGUUAUGGCCCUCAAGAUGUGCAACGUAUCAUCAAAGGAAAAGCUGCUCCCAUUCAGCGUGAUGAGGAUGACGGCGAUGGAGGCAAUGUAGAGUCUGGGUUUCCAGUCGAGGGAGGUUAUCUUCGUGACGAGGCGGUAUCACUACUCCGACGGUUCUACGUGCAGGAGAACGGCAGAGCCCCACAACCUCGCAAGAAAGAAGGCAGAGCCGCCCGCUUGUAUGCUAUGGAAAACCAGGCUAAGAACGGCGGUAGCGCAUCCGAGUUUUCGGACCCAGAUGCACCCAUGGACGCCGAGGCGAGAGGCAACGAUGGUGAGAACGACGAUAAUGUUGAGAAUGUUGAGGUAAUCAACGGGGAUAUCAUCGCUUAAGUUGAUAACAUCCUGUCUUUCGAUGUCGCUUACGACCUUCACGACUUUGAUAUGCAAAUGCUGUAACAUUAUGACGAUAGACCUGCAUCAGAUUCCCAUACACUGCAUGGAUGGGAGAGUUCUCCCCGGAGUUUUCGAUUUAUGUUUUAUUUGAGCCCAAGGUGGAAUACCACCGAAGGAGGGGGCAUCAUAGUUCUGAGGCCGGCGCAUGGAAAGGAGGGUUGGAGGUCACCAUUUGACUUGGUCGUAUCGUAUGUGCCUUCAUAAGUAGAUGUUUAAGUCCGUUUAUUUUCAUAGGUCUCUGCAUCUGAUGCUGGUUUGCAUGCCUAAUUGAUAUUUUAAGUAACCUAUAGUAAAGAACCAAUGAACGUAACCAUAUGUCUGAUUUGACGUGUAUUAAGUGUCGCUUAGGUGUG